GCGCGCAAAUUCGAUGGCUGCGCCCGCCAUUACAGCGCUUCGCUCAGCUUUUGUGCCGAAAUGUGGCUCAAGUAAUUAAUGACUCCCGUGUAUGUCGAGUGUAGCGUCCGUAACACGUGCAGCUGGUGAUCGGCGUUAUCUCCGUCGGACUGGCGGCCCACUCGUGUUUGUGCCUGUCGCUACUCGGCAGCGGCGUGAACGAGGUUCGCGAAGAUGGACACCUGAAUAGUGUGUGGGAACCAUGGUGGGAACCAUGUACCGGCGACAUUUAACUCAAAGGGUGAAGGAGGAGCCGUGCAGUUCGGAUGACGAGGACGACGACAGUAGCAGCAGCAGCAGCAGCAGCAGCUCGUUGUCGUCGUCGUCGUGCCACGGCCAGCAGCAGCGCACCACGGCGGCACCUCGCCGGGGCAGUGGCGGCCAGAAGCCGCUCAACCGCGGCCGCUGGGAGAAGGAGGAGGACGAGCAGCUCAAGCGCAGCGUCCAGGCACUGGGCACGAACGACUGGGUGGCCGUGGCACGCUGCUUCCCGGACCGCAGUGAUGUCCAGUGCCAGCAGCGCUGGCACAAGGUUGUCAACCCUGAACUCGUCAAGGGCUCCUGGUCCAAAGAGGAGGAUGACAAGGUGGUGCAGCUGGUGCAGAAGUAUGGCCCCAAGAAGUGGACCCUGAUUGCCAAGCACCUUAAGGGACGCAUUGGCAAGCAGUGCCGUGAGAGGUGGCACAACCACCUGAAUCCGGCCAUCAAGAAGAGUGCCUGGACGGAAGAGGAGGAGCGCACCAUCCUCGAGUAUCACCGACUCUGGGGAAACCAGUGGGCCAAGAUCGCCAAGCUGCUACCCGGACGGACCGACAAUGCCAUCAAGAACCACUGGAAUUCGACACUCAAGAAGCGAGUCGAGCAGGAAGGGACCAGCCGCAGGAGGGACUCUGCGUCUAAGCAGCGGCCGGUGCUGGAGCGGCGAUCCAAGCCUCAGAGCAUUGCCGUGAAGCAGGAGCCUGCUGAGUGCAAGCAGGAGUAUGUGGUUCCUGUCGAAUGUGUGCCCUACCACACGACAUCUGUGUCCACCCCAAUCAUCGUGUCCGCCACUGAGACUCUGUGCAGCCCGAGGAGUUUGCUGCCGUGCUGUCCACCGUCGGGCGGAGACGUGAAGCCGGCCAAGGUUGAAGGUGGCACGCCACGCCAAACCAAGUGUGAGGAUGGCAGUGGCUCGGAGUACAUCGACAUCAAUGACCUCCUUUCACCACUCAAGGACAUCAACGUUGAGGAGCUGGAGACUGCGACGGCAGCGCGCAGCCCCAGUGGCUCGUUUGGGCAGCUCACUGCGUUGGACCUGGUUGAGGGCACCUGUGUCACACCUCACGUCACCCCGGUCAAGUUUGCCACAUCAGAUGGCGUGCUACAGCUGAAGGAUGUCACCAAUGCGGAGGUUGAUGUGGUCUCCUCAACGUCGCACUGCAGCAGCUCCCGCCUUGUCACACCACCGAUUCUGCGGCGGGGAAAGCGAAGGCGGCUGCGGUCCGCUCAGUCGCACGACUCGGACUACAGUCACUUGGAAGCGGACAGCACCACGUACGACGAAGCGGGACUCUGUGACGAGUCGGUUGAAGUGAGCAUCCUUGGCUUUCCCUUGGCUCCUCUGCGAGCAGCGUCUGAGGAUCAGCAGCAGUCAUCCGGUUUUCGUCCUGCUCUGCGGGAGGAACGGGCCCUCGGGACACGUUGGCGUCCCGACUUGGCGACACCUCGCAAGCCGCUGCCCUUUUCGCCGUCUCAGUUUCUGAACCAGCCCCACAUGGGCCCGUUGGAAGGCAUGCAGCGGACGUCGACCCCUGUGCGUGGUGGCGACGCACCUCACCCUUCUCUGUUCCAGAUGAUGCCACAGUCACCGGCUGCAGCCACCAGCAAUGAGCCCCUCAACACACCCGUGGUGAAGAAACGAGAGAAUGGACCCCGCACCCCGACGCCAUUCAAGAACGCUCUUGCGGAGCUAGAAAAGAGGGGAGGACCCAUCGGCCACCUGCCGGACACACCAUCCCUGAAUCUGGACGACCUGGGUGACCUGUUGGGGAACGUGGCACAUCCAACCUCCACUGCCGAGGUUCCCAAGAGACGUGGCAACAAAGAGAACCUGUCACCAUCCAAGCGGGUACGCAAGGCCCUUCACGAGACCUGGUCCACUCCCGGUGAUAUUGCUGUACCUGGGCUCACCUCGACAGGGUUUGCACCGCUGGAACCGGAGUCGUUCAUCCUCCCUGAGACACCCAGCAAGAGCCUGCUGGGCGACUCUUCGGUGCUCUUCUCGCCGCCGUCCAUUAUCCGGGAGGCACUGGCCGAAGUGCCGCUUCCCAACUCAGUGCCCACUCGGCCCAAGCCCAAGCCGGUCCAGCACGGUCUGCUCACCUUUCGCACCCAGCACACGGAAAGCACGCCUUCGUCACGGAGGCUCCGCCAGUUGGACAAGUUCAGUGCCCUGGUGUGCGGAAAGACGCGGGACCAGCUGGAGCUGACGCAGCAGGCCCGCCAGUGGAUGAUGAGCCUCAAGCCUCGCUCACUGAACCUCUGAACGCGUGCACAAUCCCUUCCGUAGCGGUACUUUCUGCCGGAGUGACACACCCGCUUUUCUAUCCCCAGCACCACCUGCAGAAUUACGGUCACAACCAGGACCCCUUUGGUGGCGUCCAGCACUACUUUUAAACGGACAUUGUCUAUGGCAUUUUAUACUGUGUCACAAACCACCCAGCGUGGCAGCCUGCAUGUCUGCAGAGCCCUUUUAUGGCAUUUUAGUCUCUUACGAAGCAGUAUUUUUUUUGUACUCAUGCACCACUGUUCUUUUUUAUGUGCGAUUGUAGCAGUGACCAUGCCAAGCUUUCAAGGACAGUGGCUGCGGUGGACGAUCUUUUUGAUGGAUUACCUUUGUAACUGCUUUUUAUCCAUGGGCAUGGGACUUGCCCAGGCUUUUAACGGGGUCUCUUGUACAACGUUUUAGUAUUUUCUUUCAUGCCUUUAGGUCAUGGGAAUGCUAAGAGUUAAUCAUUUUUGUAAACUCCGUUCACAUUCCUCUGCAUUUAUUGUCUUCGCGUCACCUCAACAAUUAGACCUCGUCCUGUUUGCACAUAGCCUAUUUGCACAUUACAUAGUGUAAUGUAAUGUACAGUAAAACCUCAUAACGUUUUGAAAAAUUCAUAAACAGGUGGUGUGCUGGAGUCAACGUUUCGACAAGUGGACUUGUCUUUUUCAAGGCUUUUGUGCUUUAAUGAAUCUGUUCUGCUAUGUUGGUGGUUUGUGGCUCCAUGUGUGCAGGUAUUUUCUGCCGGAGUGACAUACCCGCUUUUCUAUCCCCAGCACCCACCUGCAGAAUUACGGUCACAACCAGGACCCCUUUGGUGGCGUUCAGCACUUCUUUUAAACGGACUGUGUCUACGGCAUUUUAUAUUACGUCACAAACUGUCACCCCCUUGAAGCACACCCCCUGUUUACGAAUUUUUCAUCACAAGCUUCCAUCUUGCCCUGACUCCUUCCUUUUUUUUUUAUUAUUGUAACGUAGUCACAUGUGCACAAAAAUGUCUUUGUUAAACGUUAAAAUUCGUUAUAAACAUAUUUUAGUUAAGCUGUGUACGAACAACAACACAAUUCCUCAUUUACUUUGUUAUAACCGAAAAUUUGCUAUAUCAGUAUUCAUUAUAUUGAGGUUUGGCUGUAACACAUCAAGCCCUUGAUGCAAAAGAGGCAGUACUCACCUGAGAUGUGCUGCUCCACAAUUGGUCCAUCGCCUUGAAUUGCGCCUUUUUUUGCUGAUGAGGCCGCCAAGUGUGUCACAGUACGUGUCAUGACUAUUUUAAUGAUAGCACCAAUGUUUUAUUCUCAUUAGCGAUUAUUUCCAGCGAAGGUCAGCAGCUGUGAGCUAUCAACUUAUUUUAACUGUAGUCAUCGCUCCUGCAUAGAGGUUUUUACUUCCACCGAGGCAAAAAUGAUCGCCACUUCUUGUGGGGCUUGCAUUUCUUUAGGCACCAUACUGUCCUCGCUUGUACAAACAUUCACUGGUGAAAGUAUUCUUUGGCCAACCAUUCUCAGUAAUAUGCAACUACCUCUAUCACUCCAACCAGCUUUUUUGUUGUCUACCUCUUUUUCUCUUGAUGGCCUCAUUUACAUUCGUUUGUCCCGAAUGAUCACUCCGUAAGCAGACUCAUCAUGUCAUGAUUAUUAACCAAAUAUCGAUUCUCAGGAUGUGACAGAGCUGAUGGAAACCUUAUUUUUUUAGUUGUAGGCAGCAAAUGGAAAGUGUGGACCAUGUUCCAUUUUGGAAACAGUCGCUUAGUUUUUGUCCUGUAAAUAUUGUCUCGGUCAGUUUUUUUUUAAAAUAAUUAUUGUUGUUUACGCUAAGAAGGGUACAAGAGCACGUACGUGCCGAAUUAACCAGAUUCAAAUAUCUGUGAUUCCCAUACGGAACAAAUCCCAUGGCCUCAAAUAUAUAUGCCACUAACAAACUGCUUAGCUUCAGCACAUGGAGAGAUUAAUGCCCUCCUAGUUUUUAAAGCGCUCAGUCUUUUAAAUAGUUAUGCAAGGCUUUAGAGAGCAACACUGCACAGUAUACCAGAGCACUUCAUUAUGCAUUUUGGAAUUAUUCUUGUAUUCUAGAGUGGUGAAAGGUUUUAUUCUGCACUUGUCUCGUUCUGUGUACUCACGCAAAGGCCACACCCUUCCUCUAUUUGAGUCUCAAUUUUCUUAAGUAUGCGCUUGAGUUUGAAAAACCUUUGCCUCUGUAUGCUACAAUAUGAAAAGUUAGUGUACGUCAUUGUAUUGACUAAGACCGCUGAGGAAACUGGCAUUAGUGGCCUGUGGUGUGAUCUGGUAUUGCAGACGUCGUCAUUUGGCAUUAAAGGGGCCCUGCAACACUUUUUCAGCAUGGUCGGAAAACGCUGCUCAUCAGUAUUCGAGGCUCCCAUGAACAUGUGAGCCAAACAUUAUAGUGCAGCACGUGGCCUGGGAUUUACAAUAAAUUCUCGAAGUCAGCUGAAAAGCGCUUCUUCUCUUGAUAAAAAUGAUGCUUACAGUGUCGCUGCCACUGGCCACGCCACUGGCUGAUUUGAACACUCUGCUCGGUAGCUACUGUGGCCGUCGCGAAAAAUCGUUACUAGCCCCCCGCGCGUGAACGAUCGCACUGAAAGUACGUUGUGCGUUCAAAGAAAAAAAGAAAAAGUGUCAAGGUCACAAGGCGCGUGACGUAUCUUCUAUCCCGGUGCCACCCCUCCCUGCCUAGCUUCCAGCGCUUUCGUCAGGACGAGGAAAGAGAUAGAAAGCAGUUACAGCGUGCGACAAAUCUUCGUAACGCUGCUCGUACUAGACGGAUUCCAAAAAUGUUUGUGGUGGUCAAUUCGCGAGGAAAUAAGCUGCUCCUUUAAUGAUGCCAUUUCAUGGCUACUAGGAAAGUGCUGCAGGGCCCCCUUUAAGGGUAGUACGCAAUUUGCCCUUCUGGGUUUUGAUUGCAGCAGUUAGUUCUAUUCAGCAUUUAGGCACCAUUCAUUGCUUUUCAGAUGGCCACUUAAUAUAUUAAUAAAAACUUAAACGCAUUGAGCGUUAGUUUUCAGACAGUGUAGUAUAGAUUUUGUGACAUGCAUUGUGAUUUAUUUAUGCACCUCAGUGAGUUGCAAACGUGAAACAUUUUGCUUCUCUGAAGGAAUACGAGGUUACCGCAGAGAAACGAGAAAAUACGAUGAGCUACGUGCUUCUCAUGCAAGGAAGUUGUGUUAAGUUGUGAUGCACAGUCGUCGGUAUUCUUGAGUUCUUGAGCAGCAUGGUUUGAGCUUGUGUUGCCAGCUGAUGAGAACUUCUCUGUCUUUGCUGCAGCAGCAUCAAAGCAAAAAUCUUGGCGUGUGCCGCCAUAAUAUUUAUCUCUGCAUUUAUUUAGAGCAUUUAUUGCCCUUCCACCAACGUGCUUGCUUUGGGCAAUCGUUGAUGUUGGGACCUUAUUUCAUCGUUUAGUUGAAUGACUGUGAGGGACCGCUGCCAGGCAGCGACCAAUGCAGUGUUUUGGGUGAAGCCGUUAAAAGAGAACACAAUUGUACUUGCUAGGGUGUGGGCCAAAGAAAUGUGUGUCCUGGUGUUGUUAGCACUGCUAUUAUAACUGAUUAUUGUGAGUGUAUUAUUAUUGCAUUUCGUUGUGUACAUAAGAGGCCUUUCUUUGCUAUUGAUUAGAGAUAUAUUAGGGAGCAAGAAAAUGUGGGAGAGUAGUUUAUAUAGUAUCGUCACGUCUCAAUUACCUAUAGUAUGCUUUUGCUUACAAAAAUAAAAGAAUUGAGAAAAUGC